AUGUCUGAAGAAACAGAAUAUACUAUACAAGUACCCGAAAAAAAAGAAUCUUUAGUGAAACGUGAUCAAACGUCCUCAAAAGAAGUAGUUGAGGUCAUACGUUCUAGAGAAAUUCCUGAAGAAAAAGCAAAAAUAAUGGAUUUAAUCAAUAUUCCAGAAUUUCUGAAACCUAUAAUUGAAUUUCCAAUGAAUAAUAUACGAUAUUUUGUUACCAAAAAUGAUAGAGCAAAACUGGUUACAGAUUUUGAUUUUAAACAUCAAGAUCAACGUUUAUAUUUUUGGUUUGACAAAACCGGUACAAAAUUGUCAAAAUAUAAUCAUGUUUCUUUCGACAAGGAAUCAUUUAAUUUUUUAAGGACAAUACCUUUAAAAUCAGAAGAUCAUUUCAAAGUUUAUUAUUUUGACGAUAAUUAUUCUAUUUUUGUUUUGAUGUUAUUUAUGGAUUUUUAUUGA